AUGAUAGAUUUCCCUCGAGAUAACGACGGAGAGCCUACUCAAACAUUAAUCAACAGCAAUGAGGAGCUACGCAGACUCUUUCAAGGAUACGACUUCAAUCACAGUCCAGAUCAUUCCAGACUAUUUGUCAUCGAGGACCUGUCAAGAGAUGUCAUCGAAGCUUUCGGAUCUGCAUAUGACAUCGACCCUUUCUUUUGGAGAGGUCAUAUCAGUGACUAUUUAUGGUACAAUACCCGCGAUCCAUGGGUCGAGCUCGAAGAACUUCCACAUAUUACUCGAAGUCGGAACUUUUAUCAUUUUCGUUACGUUCACCCACGAUACUUCAAAAGUAAGGAAUCACAACUGCGAGCCACUGAAGAAGCCCGCAGAAUGAAUGUUCUGAGACGGCUCGAUGAUGAUCGUAUAAGUGCAAGUAUGCUCGAUGAUGACCAGGCGUCGGUCAACAUGUGGCGAAGUAAAGCAUCUUUAUGGCUUAGACGUAACGAGAGACAUCAAAAACAUACCCUAGGAAUAUUGGUUGUCGACCCUUCGAUCAAGGAAGGGCAUCCUCUUUGGGGUAAAGGAUAUAACUUUGACUCUCCUCCAAGUCUUGCUUCAAACCUUACGCCUGCUCCCAUCCCGAAGGAUUCCUUGUUCGAGGCAGUAAUACACUGGACAACGAGAGUUUCCAUGCAGAAACUAAAGGAGUUAGAAGAGCAACCCAACAACUUUGCCAUCGCCAUUCUCAGUAUUAUUGCGGUCGAAUGGCUGACUGUCAAGGAGUAUGUGACCACAAGACUAACUCAGAUCGAGUGGGAACUUGAAGUUCCCGAUUUCCGGGGCCAUGGUGAAAAGUACGGAUUAGAUGCCUCACUCAAAUGGCUGCAUCCAUUCCGUCGUAAUGUGCCUAGGUAUCGAAAAUGGGUUACCAACAUUCUCAACGGAAUUCUCAGCGACAAGAACCUGUCCCCCUCCCAGUCCAAGGAUCAAGCUCUCCGAGAUUUACGAGAGGACUUUCUCAUUAUUUUAAGAGAUCUGGAUACGCUCCAAGCCCAAGUCCAAGACCUCGUUCGGGUUGUCACGGCUAUCAUAUCCAUCGAAGAAGCCAAACGAUCCGCAGAACAGAACAGAAGUCUCGCCCGUCUGACGUACUUGGCUGUUGUAUUUGUUCCUCUGUCUUUUGUCUCGAGUUUCUUUAGUAUGACUUCGGAUGUUGCGAGUUUGCGCACCACAUUUUGGAUAUUCUUCGCCGUAGCAGUGCCUCUUACGCUUCUUUCGCUCUCGGUUACACGGUGGUGGGCUAUUACCAGAUGGUUGAGAAGGAGUUGA